AGAUCUGGUUUCCAGAUGUUUCAAUAGAGUGUAGGCAGCUGCUAGCAGACGAGCUGUAACAGAGAGCAUUUACAGUCUAAGUGCUCAAACACAAGAGAUGAUCGUGUUAACUCUCUUGUUUGCCUUGGUGUGGGACAAAGUGCAAAGUUGGGGAUUCAAGGAUGGAGUCCUGCAUAAUUCCAUUUGGCUAGAGCGAGCAGCUGGAGUGUAUCACAGGGAGGCGCGAACUGGAAAAUAUCAGCUCACCUAUGUAGAAGCAAAAGCUGUGUGUGAGUAUGAAGGAGGACGUCUAGCCACAUACCAGCAGCUGGAGGCAGCACGAAAAAUAGGUUUUCAUGUGUGCGCUGCUGGCUGGAUGGCUAAGGGCAGAGUUGGCUAUCCCAUCGUGAAAGCUGGAUCAAACUGUGGGUUCGGAAAGACUGGCAUUAUUGACUAUGGGUUUCGGCUCAACAGAAGUGAGAGAUGGGAUGCCUAUUGCUACAACCCUAAUGGAAAAGAAUGUGGUGGAAUCUUUACAGAUUCAAAGCACAUCUUUAAGUCACCAGGCUACCCCAAUGAAUAUGAAAAUGGACAGAUCUGCUACUGGCACAUUAGACUGAAGUAUGGGCAACGAAUUCAUCUACAGUUCCUGGAGUUUGAUGUUGAAGAUGACACUGCCUGCAUGGCUGAUUACUUAGAAGUAUAUGACAGCUAUGAUGAUGUCACUGGCUUUGUGGGCAGGUACUGUGGGGAUGAACUACCAGAUGAUAUCAGCAGCACAGGAAAUGUCAUGACCUUGAAGUUUUUGUCAGAUGCCUCUGUGACAGCUGGUGGCUUUCAAAUUAAAUAUAUUGCUGUAGACUCACCCUCAAAACCAAGUGAUGGAAAAAAUACAACUUCACAAGGAAAAAUAAACUUCUUACCUGGAAAAUUUGGCAUUAUGUAAACAGACAGAUCAAUAGAGAAUGGAACUGAAAGGUAAUGCUAUUAAAGACAGAUAUCAGAAUUCACGUUAGAUAUUGUCAACUACGUUACAGGAAUAGCAGCUGCUACAGCCAUUUUUCCUUUUGUCUUUCUGAGUCUUUUUUAUUUUUGUUUUUAAAACACUUCUUUAUAAAGUGUAUUGGGAAAUUACUUUGAAAACUGUACUUAAAUGAUAAACUAUUAUUCUCUAGAUCACAAAGAGUGAGUGAAACUAAAGGAUUUAUUCUCAUAGGGCAUGUCUACACACUGCCCUACAGUGACGUAGCAAUGCGCUAUGUCGCCAUAUGGUGCGCUACAGCAAUGUAGUCAUCACGUGGGUCUACACAUGAUCGCCAGCUAUGUCGCCAUAGCAGCAUACUCCCCCCCAGUAUAGUGCACACACCGCUACAAUGAUGUAGCAGUGAAAUCUAACCGUGUGCCGCAUGCACAGUGCAGUAAGCACCCGUACUGCACUGUGCUUUAGCACUUCCAAAAGGAAAUACUAAAGCAUAGCGCUGUAGCAACAUUGUUGUAUGGCAAUAUGUAGACAUGCCCAUAGGUGUCCUAACUAAUCCUUUUUUAGCAUAAUUCACUCUUUUUUUUCUCCUCAGCUCUUGUGUCAUGUCACUGAAGGAUGUUUCUGUAGGGGGACUAACAUUCAAUCAGAGCAAUUCAUCUCUUACAUUUUUCUUACUUUUCUUUUGUACCUAUGUAUUUAGUGCUGUUCAGACUUUGUUUUCCCUAGUCUUGGUUUUUUUUUUUUUUUGGAACACUUUUGAAAACUAAUCACUUUCCCUGGAUCCAGGAAGCCCUUAAAGCAACCCUCACUCCAUGGUAGACUGCUUCACAGUUUAAAUGCAUCUUGAGAGUUGGCCUCCUGAGCCCACAGUUGGAGAAUCUGAGGUAUCUGAAGCCAAAGAUUAUGAACCAGCAUGACAAGCACAUCUAUUAUUGUAUUGUCCUCAUCAUGUUAUUGUGAUCUGAGUUGUAAACAAUUAAGCAGAGUUUGUCAUGUCUUCCUUGCCUAGUGCCAGACCAUUCCAAGUAUUUUCACUUCUCAGACUUUACCCAUUAAUGAUGAAAUAUUCUCUGAUACCUGGGAAAACUGGGAAACUAAUGCACCAAAUUAAACUGCCUAUUGACCACUAGUAAACCCUUCUUCAAGAUACUGACUACAUGUUAUAUUUUGUUCAUACCAAGAAGACUCACUAUACUGACUGAGAAAAACAUUGAGCAUUUUCCAUGUUUUUAACUUUCUGUUAAACCCUUGAGCCCAACAUAUCAUUAAAUCUACCUCUUUUUCAAUUAUGUCCAGAA